UGUAUCAUUCUCGUUUUUACCUCUUUCCCCAUUGUUGUCUCAUAGUGAGGUCAGCAAGAAUGCGCUUGACGCUGAUUGCGGACCUUGCGCCGAUCUUUCACGCUCUAAUCAACACAAAACAAAACAGUAACAAAUUCAACUCGGUGCUGACCUCUUCCAAUUAAUUCAGAUUAACUUCCCAUUAGACAUGGAUGGAGCAAUCGCCAUGGCGGGGAACCAUCACCACCUGAUCGACAUCGCGGCGGACGCGAACUUGGGCGCCGCCCCUGGAACCACCGAUGGUGGCGCGGCGCCGGUGGGUGGCGCCGGUGGAAACGAGAAGAAGUGGCUGCGCAAGCUCACGUCGGCGACGGUGAACACGGCCGUGCUCCGAGACCUCAUCUCGCGGACUCCGAUGCUGUGGUACCUCGGCGAGUCUUCGGGGACGAUCUUCCGGCCGUGCGCGCGGCGCGAGCGCGUGGAGGCGCUCCACGCGGUGCGCGCCGUGGCCAUCGGCCCGUUCCACCGCGGAGACCGCGGCCUCCCCUUCCCGGAUGACGCCAAGCUGCCGUUCAUGAGGUACCUGCAGGACCAGUGCGGGCUCGACGUGGAUGGGUACGUCGCGGCGCUCAGCCGGGAGUGCGACCGCCUCCGCGACGAGUUCUCCGUCGACGGCGCGGACUCGGCCGCCGCGGGGACGCUGGACGACGAGGACAAGUUCCUGGAGAUGCUGCUGCUGGACAGCUGCUUCGUCCUAGUGGUGAGCAUGAUGCUCAGCAAGGCCGGCACCGGGGACGACGCCGACAGUGUGGCGCGGGCGGCUUCCAUUAACAGGGACUACUUCAUCCUGCACAUGGCCGUGGCGCAGCACGCCGACGACAUCAAGCUGGACAUGCUCGUGCUCGAGAACCAGGUCCCCUUGGCGGCCGUCAGGCUCCUCGCCGCCUCGUGCCCGGGGCUCAGGCUCCGGCACUCCGUCGAGGAGCUCGUGCUGGGAUGCUUCGACGACAUCUGCCCGAAGCGAACGCGCUGCGCCGGCGACGCCGCCGGUGAGUUCCACCACGUCUUGCAUCUCUUCCACUGGUCCCGCGUGCCCAAGGACAAGUACUGCGUCCUCUCGACGCCGCGGAAGCUCCUCAAGAUCAAGAAGCAGUCGGAGCGGCUGUUCCCGUGCGCCAUGGAGCUCCGGCGGUUGGCGGUGUGGUUCCGGCAGGCAUCGUCGUCGAGUUGCGGAGACCUGGACAUGCGGUUCUGGCGCCACCCGGCGAGCCCGGUGGCCGUGAUGAGCGUGCCGUGCUUCCACGUCCACGAGUACAGCGCGGCGGUGCUCCACAACCUCGUGGCCUUCGAGAAGCACUUCUACUGGGCGCACGGCGCGUGCGUGACGGCGCACGUGGCGCGGAUGGAGGGCCUGGUCCGCUGCCAGCAGGACGCGGCCAUGCUCCGCAAGCGAGGGGUCCUCGCCAGCACGCGGCGCACCGACGCCGAGCUGGUGGCCCUGUUCCGGGAGCUCGGCGAGGAGACCGUCGGGGCACGGCUCCCCGACGAAUACGGCGAGAUGCUCGACGCCGUGGCGCGGCACCGGGGCCGGCGCGUCAGCAGCUGGUGCGGCGGCUUCGUGCUGCACUUCUUCCCGUCGCCGUGGGUGGCUGUCUCGCUCGCCGCCGCCGUGGCGCUCAUCUUCGUGCCGUCGAUGCUGCAGACGGUCUACACCAUGCUCGGUUACUUAAAAGAGUAGCUGAGAGCUUCAGAAUAGAAAUGGGCACCGCUGCCAGUGUAUCAUUUGUCCAAUGGAGUAGUCAUGGAAACCCGCUGAAUAAUAUAUUAUUUUCAGGUCAA